GGGCUGGACUCCGGGCAGCGGCACGUCGGGCUGGACUCCGGGCAGCGGCAGCGGCACGUCGGGCUGGACUCCGGGCAGCGGCACGUCGGGGGCUGGACUCCGGGCAGCGGCACGUCGGGCUGGACUCCGGGCAGCGGCACGUCGGGCUGGACUCCGGGCAGCGGCACGUCGGGCUGGACUCCGGGCAGCGGCACGUCGGGCUGGACUCCGGGUAGAGGCACAGGGCCCCCAGGAGGAGCGGCGGGCACAGGGCCCCCAGGAGGAGGCCCCCAGGCGGCGGGCACAGGGCCCCCAGGCGGGGGUGGCGGGCACCGGGCCCCCAGGCGGGGGGGCGCACCGGGGGCACCGGGCACCCCCCAGGCGGAGCGGCGGGCACCGGGCCCCCAGGCGGAGCGACAGGUCUCGGGCCCCCAGGCGGAGCGGCGGGCGCCGGGCCCCCAGGCGGAGCGGCAGGCACCGGGUCAUCAGGCACGACAGCGGGCACCGGGUCAUCAGGCAUCAGGUCAUUUGGCUCGCCAGCGGGCACCGCGUCAUCUGGCAAGGCAGUGGGCACCGAGUCACCAGGCA